GACAGCUGCGUGCCGGUUGAAGGACCCCAAAGAGCCAAGAUGGCCGCGCCCGAGGCAGACGCCGGGGACUUCGAAAGAUGGCUAAAUGAGAGGCUAGACGCGUUGGAAGUCGACCGCGAGGUGUACGGCGCUUACAUUUUGGGCGUGCUACAAGAAGAGGAGAGCGACGAGGAGAAACGAGACGCGCUUCAAGGGAUUUUAUCGGCAUUUUUGCAGGAUGAAGAGGACACGCUGGAAGAGAUCUGCCAGGAGAUCCUCAAGCAUUGGACAGAAUACUGCAAACGCUCGGCGAACAAGCGGGAUGCUGGAGAUGUUGAGGUUCAGGCCAUCGCCAGUAUGAUUGAGAAGCAGGCGCAGAUUGUGGUGAAGCAGAAAGAAGUGUCAGAGGAGUCCAAGAAACGGAAAGAAGCCCUUCUGGCGCAGUACGCCAACGUUACGGAUGAAGAAGAUGAAGGUGAAGAGGAGGAGUCGCCAAAUGGCCUCGUCAUGCCCGGACAGGACAAGUCCAUGUUCAAGAACACCAACGUGGAGGAGGUCCUGAAUAGACAAAAGCAAAAGCGGGACCAGGCGCGUGAAGACGCCCAGAAGAAGAAGGAAAUGGACAAGAUGCAGCGGGAGAAGGACAAACUGGCCAAACAAGACAGGAAGGAGAAGGAGAAAAAGCGCACACAGAAAGGCGAACGCAAAAGAUAAGCGCAGGAGAAAGGACAAUUGUGUGAUGUCGGGAAAGGGAAGAGUUGGUUGCACAACUCUUCAGUGGGUGCCACGGGCGGGGGCAGGGGCUGGUGCUGCGGACAUUCUGUUGAUGUGUCUGAGCGCUGAAACGCGGGAGUUCAUUCAAAUGUUUUUGUUAACAAAACUUGAAAUCCAAUCACGUGCUAUCGUAAAAAGAUAUGAGCGAGACUAAGAACAAACACAAGAGGCUUUGUUUUAAAAUUCUGUCUUUUUAAGGUAAUAAACUUUUGGAGUGAUUGCAA